AUGACCGGGGUACGCAUCAACGUUUGGGCGAAGCCGGAACCGAAGUCGACCGUCACGUCUGGCAGCCGGAUCAGCCUGGCCGGCGUGGCCGUCAUUCAGGACCGGAGCGCCCACCGGCUGCAAAAGGCUGUCUGGACCCUCAUCUUGACCAUCGCCGUCGCCUUUCUCGGUGUCGGCAUAUUCACCAGCUUCUCACACUUCAGAAACCCCCGGAUCGCCAGAGCGUGGUCCGAGUCCCGCCCAGCCACACUCGAGUUUCCCUCUUUCACCGUCUGCCACAUGUACGGCGUGAAGAAGAGCGUUGUGCUCAAUAUGACGCGGCCCAACACCACGUUCGAAGACUGGAGAAUGCGAGGGCUGGAACUAUUGCGCUGGGAGGAGUUUAACUUGGACCAGCUGAUCAACGACGCCUCCUACAGCUGGGAGGAGAUGGUGUCAGGGUGCCGGCUGGCGCAUCACCGCUGUGCCGACGUUGGUACCAUCUCGCCCGUGGUGACUGAUCGCUACGGCCUGUGUCACACAUUCACGCCGGCCAUCAGUGUGCCGCACACGUUCCUGGAGCCGCAUCUGAUCCUUCACCUUGCCGAGUCGGACCCGACGUUGAUGUCGAGCGAGCACCAGGGCUGGAUGGUGGCGCUGCACUCGCGUAAUCUGCGCUUCAGCCUCACGGCUGCCUACCUGGGUCUGACUACCGUACUGGAGCUGACGCGGGGCUCCCACACGGAUGUCGUGCUGCGGAAAGAGCGAAACACCCGGCUCAAUAUUCCAGAAGCACCUUGCUCUGGCAUCGAUACACCACAGGACCAAGUUGUGCUCUGCCACGAACGAUGCCUGAACCAGCUCUCUCUGUCGGGGCGCAAUGCCAGCGCACCAACGUGCCGCCUGCCCUGGAUGGCCGAAACUCUCAACGCAACUGCGUGCACCUCACACGAGGAGUUCAUGGCCAGCACGCUGGGCGCCCGCCGACUUUUUAACAGCUCGGUGUCCGAAUACAGCAUGCUGCAGGCACUGGACAGGUGCCGCCAGUGCCCCACCAGCUGCCAGACCGACGCCUAUGUGCACGACAACCCUACCCGCGUGGUGCUCGACAUCUCACCCUACAAGGUCCGCUACAUGAAGCACUUUGAGGACGGCAUACACACCCUGAUCACCAUGCGCAUGCGUCACGGCGAACAGCACAUCCAGGAGGUGUUUGACUACACGCUGUCGACGCUCGUGUCCGACAUUGGAGGCUACGCGGGUCUUCUGGUCGGCGGCUCGCUGCUGACGCUGGUGGAGAUUCUCGAGUACGCCAUCCUCCGGAAGUGCCGCUAG